AAUGAUAAAUGAAGAUAUUUACAAUAAUGCUGAUGAUAGAAUUGUGAUAAUAAUAGUAGGAAAUAAAUUAGAUCUAAUUCAUGAUGGAGUAGAAGUCAGAUGUAUUGCAUAAGAAAAGGUUCAAUAAUUUUGUAAAGCUAAAAACCUUUUGUAUUGUGAAAUAUCAACAAAAACAGGAGAAGGAAUCAAUGAAUUACUUAAUUAACUUACACAUAAUUUAUAAGCUAGGAAAGUCUCACAAGAUGUAUUAUAAUAAAGACCUAGACAAAAUUGUUGUGCUUGA